GGCGGCUCUUUGGUUCGGGUGCUCAGGAGAGGCGGGGAAAUGGCGGCUGCCGCCGCGCGGAGCCGGUUCGUGGUGGUGGGCGGAGGGAUCGCGGGAGUCACCUGUGCGGAGAAGCUGGCUAUGGAAUUUCCAUCAGAGGACAUUUUUUUAAUGACAGCGUCUCCAGUUAUAAAAGCUAUAACAAAUUUCAAACAGGUCUCUAAAACACUUGAAGAAUUUGAUGUAGAAGAACAGCCAAGUUCUCUGUUAGAAAAACGGUAUCCCAAUAUUAAAGUUAUACAGUCUGAAGUAAAACAGUUGAAAAGUGAGGAGCAUAAAAUCUUCACUGAAGAUGGGAAGGAGUAUACGUAUGAAAAACUUUGCCUGUGUGCUGGAGCAAAACCCAAAUUAAUUUUGGAAGGAAACCCAUAUGUAUUAGGAAUCCGGGAUACUGACAGUGCAGAGGCUUUUCAGAAGAAUUUGGCUCAAGCUGAGAGAAUAGUAGUAGUAGGAAACGGUGGCAUUGCACUUGAAUUAGUGUAUGAAAUUGAAGGCUGUGAAGUAAUCUGGGCUAUCAAAGACAAAGCCAUUGGGAAUACAUUUUUUGAUGCGGGAGCAGCUGAAUUCCUUAUUCCAAAGCUAACUGCUGAAAAACGGGAGACUGAAAUAGCAUGUAAAAGAACCAAGUAUACAAUGGAAGGAAGAGAGAAAAAAGAAAGACCCAUAGCAGCAUCUGCCAACAUAGGCAGUGCCUUAGGCCCUGAUUGGCAUGAGGGCUUACAUCUUAAAGGCACUAAAGAGUUUUCUCACAAAGUACAUAUUGAAAUACUGUGUGAGGUAAAGAAAAUAUUCCUGCAGCAAGAAUUUAUACAACUGCAACGGACUUCUCUGACUUUUCCUAAGGAAGACAAAAAUGUAGAAGCAGAUGAUGUUCUAUGGCCUGUAUAUGUGGAAUUAACUAAUGGAAAAAUCUAUGGAUGUAAUUUCAUUGUCAGUGCAACUGGAGUUGUGCCAAAUGUUAAACCAUUUCUUGAUGAUAAUAAUUUUGCUCUAGGUGAAGAUGGAGGACUUAAAGUGGAUAAAUACAUGCACACAUCCAUACCAGAUAUAUAUGCAGCUGGGGAUAUCUGCACAGCAUCGUGGGAACCUAGUCCAGUGUGGCAUCAGAUGAGGCUCUGGACUCAAGCGAGACAGAUGGGUUGGUAUGCAGCAAAAUGCAUGGCAGCAGAUACUUUAGGGGAAUCUAUUGAUCUGGAUUUCAGCUUUGAACUAUUUGCUCAUGUGACAAAAUUUUUCAAUUAUAAGGUGGUGGUUUUGGGAAAAUAUAAUGCUCAAGGCUUGGGUUUAGACCAUGAACUAAUGCUGAGAUGUACCAAGGGACAAGAGUAUGUUAAAGUGGUGAUGCAGAAUGGAAGAAUGAUGGGAGCUGUACUGAUUGGUGAAACAGACUUGGAAGAAACCUUUGAAAACUUGAUUCUAAAUCAGAUGGAUCUUUCAGCCUAUGGAGAAGAUCUCCUGAAUCCAAAUAUUGAUAUAGAAGAUUAUUUUGAUUGAACAGAAUCCCUUUUCCAUUUUGUAUAAAGUUCUAACAGCAAGUGAUAUGGUUUAUAAAACAGUUCAUUUGGGAUUAGCAGAAAUCAAGGAUAAAUGCAAUUCCUUAUUAGGAUUUUGUGUUGAUAUUGUGAAAUACUGAAAGGCACAUUAAAUAAAUUGAUGUAGAAAUUCAGCAGGAAAAGUACAUGGAUUAGUAGGUGGGCAAAGAGUUUAGGUCUAGACUAGAUGAGAACUUAGUAACAGGGGUAUUAUAACACUCCUAAAAAUUAGACUUUGCUGUGCUGUUAAGACAGCACUGCAUACACUUUCACUGUAAAGAACAUAACAUAUAUUGUGUAAGGUUUUAAUUAUAUCCAGUGCCUACCUCCUAGCUCACUUUUUCCCAAAACGAUGCAUAAUUCACCUGGCACGAUUCCCAGAGCCCAGUUUCCUUAUGACUUACUGCCUAUGUGUGUUCUCAGUCAUUUCAAACACUAAGCAUGGUGCUUUGAGUAGAUUGUACUGCUUGAAGCUACCUAGGACAGGGUAUUAGCUUGGGCGAGGAAGCCCCUGCUUCCUACAACCACUUGUUCAGAUGAAGGUGUACAAGGCAGUUAUGCGGUGUGUACCAUCCCACUAGCACCUUGCCACUGUUCAAACAUGGAUACCUGCCCCAAGCUUCAAAGUUUCUCUUCCAGGUAAUGGCACCAUCUGUAUCUGCUAUUCAGGCCAGCACUGGUCACCAGAGGGCAUCUUUAGGGCAUAGGUCACUCAGAGCCCUCACCAUUGGCAGUGUGGUCUGCAAGCAUAAGGCAAGCUGGAUCUCUUCUUGAUUUUUGAACUUAAUUUUUUAAAGAAAAGUGUUUUUUACCUGUCCAAAUACAGAAUGCACAGAGACUUUGAACUAUGGAAGCCAGGAAGAAAUGCCUUUGAGAUGCUGUUUGGGAAUGGCAUUUUACUUCUUGUCACUUCAGUUCCUCUGGUAAGCCUGCACUGGUAUGUCAUAUGUGAUCCUUAGUGGGGUCAGCAUGCAGCUCCAUGACAGGGAAAGAUUAACACAACAGCACGAGCAGCUGUCACUUGUAGCAGUCUUCCACUGUCAGGAUCCCAUGGAGUGGAUGGCUAUAUAUCUCAUUUGAUAGAUGGUAUCUAUUAGGGUCACAAAGAAAACACUUUCUGUCCUCUGUUACUAUUUACACUGCCAUGUGUACAAGUGCCAGGAAGGAUUUUUUUUGCAAAAAUUUGACUUCAGGUAACCGGUGGCAGAAUAUACUGUUGAGUUGCAUAUUGGGGUAGGGUUGUUUGUUUUAAAUCAUAACAAGCUCCCUGGAAGUAUGUUUAGAGUUAUGUGAGAUGCACUUUAAUAAAGGUGAUGCCAUGUA